GUCACGGGGUAACAGGAAACUGUCACUCUGCGCGUGCAGUGAAAUCCGAGCUGUCGCUUCCUCUGCAGAAUUGGUCUGAUGGAGCAAAAGCACUCGGCGCAGCUCGGUGCGACAAGGCAUCAAUGCGACCGGUGUGCAUACAGCACGGAUCAUCUUGGACAUUUGACACGGCACCAGAGAACUCACACAGGAGAGAAACCCUUCAAGUGCAGUGUGUGUGGGAAGGCGUUUGCAAAGUCAUCUACUCUUGUAACACACCAGAGAACACACACGGGAGAGAAACCCUUCAAGUGCAGUGUGUGUGGGAAGACGUUUGCAAAGUCAUCUACUCUUGUAACACACCAGAGAACACACACGGGAGAGAGACCCUUCAAGUGCAGUGUGUGUGGGAAGGCGUUUGCACUUUCAUCUACUCUUGUAAAACACCAGAGAACACACACGGGAGAGAAACCCUUCAAGUGCAGUGUGUGUGGGAAGGCGUUUGCACUUUCAUCUACUCUUGUAACACACCAGAGAACACACACGGGAGAGAAACCCUUCAAGUGCAGUGUGUGUGGGAAAGCGUUUGCAAAGUCAUCUACUCUUGUAAAACACAAAAGAACACACACGGGAGAGAACCCCUUCAAGUGCAGUGUGUGUGGGAAGGCGUUUACACAUUCAUCUACUCUUGUAACACACCAGAGAACACACACGGGAGAGAAACCCUUCAAGUGCAGUGUGUGCGGGAUAUCGUUUGCACAGUCAGCACAUCUUCAAAGACACCAGAGAACACACACGGGAGAGAAACCCUUUAAGUGCAGUGUGUGCGGGAUAACGUUUGCACAGUCAGCACAUCUUCAAAAACACCAGAGAACACACAAGAUCCACCAGGAGUGGAGUGAAAUCAGCUUGUGAAAGUCAAAGUGCUGCA